UUCCAAAUAACAGUUUUUGAUAUUAUUUGCUAGUGAAGUGUUAAUAGAACAAUAAAAUGAAACUGUUGAAGCCAUUUUUCAUUUUUGCAGUUAUUUGCUGUAUUCAUGCUCGCAAGGUCGAAUAUGAAGAUCUUAUCAAAGAUAUUGAGGAACUAAAUGAAAUUGAUUUUGAAGAUAUCCUUAAAGAAGCUAAGUUCCAUAUAACAAUUGAUGAAAAAGACGAACACAUUUCAAAAUCUACCAAUAUUUACGAUGAAGUUAUUGGCGAAAUUGAAGGAAUUAAUGAUGACUCGGAGAACACACGCGAUCGCUUAAAUGAUUUACGUGCAGAAUGCGAAGCAUCCAAUUGGAGUGCUGGAUUAGCUAGUACAAUAAAUGGAGUUUUCCAAACAAUUUUCGGUACUGCUGCCAAUGCUAUUGACACAGCCGUCAAUACGGUCGCUGACAAAUUCAAUCAAGGUAUUUCAGCCUCAUUGAAUUUCACUGAUCGUGUUCACACCCAAAAGAAAUUGUUAAUCGCUAAAGUACAAAAAUGUGCUGAACAACAAGGUCUUAGUGCUGAAACACUAAGUGAAGAUGCUUAUGCUAAUAUUGAAACUUGUGUACCAAAAGCAGUUGAAUCGAUAAAUGCUACAGCCCAAACAAUUAUGGACAAUUUUAGAAAUGUUCGUGGCUUUAUGUCGAAUCUACCAAAUUCGGUAAAUGAAUGCGUAGAUAUUAUGCGAAACGCAAAAAAAUUGGAAAAACUGACUGCAAGUCCAAAAACGAUUUUCUGUUUGGGUGGUGUGACUGGUCAAGUUGGUGUCGAAUCAGCACAAUUAACUACUAAAUUGAUAACAUGUGGUGUUAAAGCUGAGGUUAGUUUCUAUCAUAUUCAGAGAGAAUUACGAUUUUGUUAUAUGGAUGGUUUGGAAGCGAUUGUUAAAGAAGCACAGGCGAAAGGAAUUGAACUUAAAAAAUGUGUACUUCGUAAUGAAACAAAGAAAGUUGAAUAAGUUUUUGAUUUGAAUUUAUAUUUUCUGAUAAUUAUUAAUGGAAAUAAAAAAA